UCAUUUUCCAAAACUCUAAAAUUCUUAACAUCUUCUCUCCUUUUUUUUUUCCUGAACUCUCUUCUUUCUAAAGCCAUCAUCUUGGUUUUGGUGUCUGCCUUUUUUUUGUUUGAUCAAAUUUUGGUAUCUUCCAUCUUGGUUUUGGUGUCUGCCUUGCUGUCUAUUUUGGUGCUUCCCCUGAAGAGCGAUCUUAAGAAAAUCAUCAUGAGAAUGUUUCUAUCUCUCUUGCUUCUCUUGGCCUUGACCACAUCUGCAAGUGCUAUUUACUGUCUCUGCAAAGAUGGGAUAGGAGACAACCAGCUUCAAACAUCAAUUGACUAUGCAUGUGGAACCUUAGCAGAUUGUAACCCAAUCCAUGACAAGGGUCCUUGUUAUCAACCAAACACCAUCAAAAGCCACUGUGAUUGGGCUGUUAACAGCUACUUCCAGAAAGCAGCUCAAGUCCCUGGAAGCUGCAACUUCUCUGGAACUGCCACUACCAGUCAAAACCCACCUCCAAAUUUGGUUACUGGAUGUACAUAUCCUUCAAGCCCUAGCUCUGCAGGGUCGCCUCCUUCAAAUACACCACCAGCAGGAACAACUCCGACAAACGGAACCGGAGGCUUUACUCCAUUUCCGGGAACUCCUCCUGCGUUUGGUCCAACCGGAACCGGAGGCUUUACCCCAAGCAAUGGUGGUCGUUUGGUCAUUUCCUCUGUUUUCACACUCUGUUUCUCAUCACUAGCGUUGGGAUUUCUCCACGUGUAGAGAGACAAAGACAGCCACUUGGGUUGUCUUUGAUUCCUUUUUUUGGGUGGAAAAGGAAGCUUCAGUGCUUGUUCUGGUUUAUAUCUCUGUUUCCUUCAUUUAUGUAAAGGUUGCUAUUCUUAUUGGAAUAUUGAGUAAAGCAAUGCAAAAAAAAAAACAUCAAAUCUCAGUCAUGAGAAUGGAAA